CAACAGCACAGGAAGUGGCGCGCAACUGUUGAAAAACUGUCACACAACAAACCGAAGAGGAGAUUUUGAAGCUGUUCAACUUCAUCAACCGCGAAGCUGCGGUGGCAGAAAUAUAUAUAACGUGAAGCCUUCUUCUUUUAUAGCUAACCGUGGUUUCAUAACGUCAACCAUGUCGUUUGUGAGAGUUGGGCGUCCACAACAGCAACACACUAAAGGAAAAAGGCCUGUUCGCCACAAGAAAGCAGCAGCUCCCAAAAAAGACUGGGUGAGCACUGUGAAUGACCUGUCUGUGCACAAGCUGACACCUGCAGAGCUGAGCCAUCGGCAUGAGAUUCACAAGUCACAUAACAAGGCAGCGGCUCAGUGGGAGCUGAGAGAAAAGGCCCUACAGCGCCGUUUCAGGCACGCUGGGAGCCCUGCACGUCUAGACCAUACCAGCCUCAGCAUCAUCAGGGAGGUGUUCUCUGAUCAGCUGCUGCUGCAGGAUGUGUUGGCUCGCUCUGACAAAGCCAUGGCUGUGGUCAAAGACUUGUUUGGAGAUGCUCCACGCAGGCAGACUGGGCACCCCAGUGUGACGAUGGCUCCAAACUGUGACUCUGACUCAGAACUGCCUGUGCUACAAAAACCAGAUCCUCCAACUCAGUUGUCACUGCUCAGCCAGUCUAUGAUGGAUCAACAGGCUCUUAAUGAGCUAGAAGCUUCAGAGGGAAACUGCAGUGAUGAAGAUGCCUGUCCUGCUGGGAGUUCAGACUAUCAUGUAAUCAAAAGGGCCAAUAUACGAAAAAUGAAAGCACAGUUUCGGGGUAGAGUGCAGCGACAGAAAGUCGGUCGUCCCAACUCUGAACUGGCAGACAGAGAAAAUGUUCCUGUAACGCCCUGCACAUCAGGCAGAGCACCAGGCCAAACAGCUCUCAAUGCCACGGUGGCUGUUCGGCGUGUUCGAUCCAGACAAAGCCACUUAGAGGAGGACAAGGAGGAACCGUCGGUCAUGGUUUCUCAAGUCCUGAACCCUGAUCUGCCUCUCAACCAGUCAGGCAGGCUCAGUAGUCAUAGAAGCCGGAACAAGAAGUGUGUUUCUCAGAGUUCAGAGCUGGACGGCUCCUCUGUUGCCUCUCUCAGUGGGGACCAGUCCAGUCUGGGCCUGCUGCAGGCCAUGCUGGGUCAGGUAGAGGCAGACUUGGAUACUCUGAGUCCUGACACUGAACCAGCUGCAGCACAGAACCAGAAACAGCACAGAACUCAAGGCCUCACUGGAUUCUCUGUUGCGCUGGUCUCCACUCUGGGACGUUUAGUGCACCUCCUCAAACAGAGGGAAGAGGAAGCUGAGAAGGAGGCUCGGGAGAGGAGAAGACUGGAGGAGGAGCUGAGAGAGCAGCGUGGGUUGAUUGAUGCUCUCACUGCUGAGUCAAUGACUCUGAGAGAAGAGGCUGCCGUCCUGCAGGCUGAGUUGCAGCAUCGAACAGUAGAGCUGGAACAGAAAUUGGACACAGUGGUGUUGGUGAUGGGGGGACUUGGACUACUGGAGGCACACACUGACCUACCUCAAGACUCUAACGUCAAAGCUGCAGUUUGUCAGGCUGCACCAGUUGCAGAGCGAGAUCCUGAACAACUACAAGCAUCUGUGUCUCCUGCUGUCCUGCUCUCUCCGCCUCGGCAGAGAGACAACUGGCAGCAGAGUCCUGUGACUCAUCCUGUACCGCUGGACCAGGGGCGUCCUCCUGUAGAUGUCCUGCAUUCCUGUGAGGACGUCCCCUCCCACAGCUCAGCCUCCAGCCUCACCAGCCUUCCUCUCACCAGCCUGCCCUCCACGUCCUCAUUAUCACUGGUCUCAGAUCCUCUCAGCUCGCGGCUCUCUCCAGAAGCCGUGCUGGCUGAGAUCGCUCAGCUGAGCAGACAGAACGACCUGAUCAGGGCCCAGCUUAGCCAGGCGAAGGGCCCCGAGUCGGGGGUCAGAGAAUCACCGAACGAGCAGAAAAGGUCGAGCUCCAGCAGCACGCGAAGAGUCACACCCCAGAGUAUGGUAGAGAGGAGGACAUCAGCUUCCAGCAGCACAGGGGGAAGGAGUCAGCAUGUUCAGGCUGUUGAAAGAGAACAACUGACUAAUCAGGCAACUUCGCCUAACACCCUCCAUGUUGGAAGAGUGGAGGAGCGCCUCCUGGAGCUGAACAGACAAAGUGCAGCAGCGAGGGGUCGACUGCUGGAGCUCAUUGAGCAACAGAAGCAAAGUGUUUCAUCCAAAGUUUCUCCCUCUGGUUCCCCCAUCCCUCCCUCUGCCUUCAGCCCACAUUCAGCAGCUGGAGGAGGAAGUCCAGAGCUGCUGCCUGCACAGGAGAUGGGUGACAGUGGUGAGAGACGAUGUGCUGGUUCUGAAGCUUCUUCUCACAGUCUUAGAGGAGAAACAAAAGAUGGCAAAACACAGACGGAGAAACGGAGAGAGAGAGAGGGGUGGUUUGCCUUGUCCGCUCAUGUGAGAUGACAGGAAGAGGAGUAAUCAUUUUUAGUCAUUUGUUUUUAGAAUAUUGUCUAUGCAUUUUUAAACGACUGAAUAAAUGUUUUUAAAUUGACUGGGGUUUUUUGUCCUCACUGUUUUAUAGAACACAAUGUUAAUAUAUAAAGGAAUCUAAAAUACUUGAGUGUUUAUGGAUGCUUCUUCAAUCAUAUUUCUUCAUUAAAGUUUACUACUUCUUCUUUCACCAAUAAAAGUGUUUGUGAUUUGCA